ACAAAGGGACGUGCCCAGAGUGGAGAAAUCAUGCUAAUUGUCUGCACCAGAGCUGGAGAACGCCACCCAAAAUGAAGAGAGAAAGGGGAGCCCUUUGCAGAGCCUCGGGGGCCCUGCGCCUCGCUCCUUUUGUCUACCUUCUUCUGAUCCAGUCAGACCCCCUUGAGGGGGUGAACAUCACCAGCCCGGUGCGCCUGAUCCGCGGCACAGUGGGCAAGUCGGCCCUGCUCUCCGUGCAGUACAGCAGCACCAGCAGCGACAAGCCUGUAGUGAAGUGGCAGCUGAAGCGGGACAAGCCGGUGACCGUGGUGCAGUCCAUUGGCACGGAGGUCAUCGGCACUCUCAGGCCGGACUACCGAGACCGCAUCCGCCUGUUUGAGAACGGCUCACUGCUGCUCAGCGACCUCCAGCUGGCCGACGAGGGCACCUACGAGGUCGAGAUCUCCAUCACUGAUGACACCUUCACUGGGGAGAAGACCAUUAACCUCACAGUAGAUGUGCCCAUUUCAAGGCCACAGGUAUUAGUGGCUUCGACCACAGUGCUGGAGCUCAGCGAGGCUUUCACCCUGAACUGCUCGCACGAGAAUGGCACCAAGCCCAGCUACACCUGGCUGAAGGACGGCAAGCCCCUGCUCAACGACUCGCGGCUGCUGCUGUCCCCUGACCAGAAGGUGCUCACCAUCACCCGCGUGCUCCUGGAGGAUGAUGACCUCUACAGCUGUGUGGUGGAGAACCCGAUCAGCCAGGGCCGCAGCCUGCCCGUCAAGAUCACAGUGUACAGAAGAAGCUCCCUCUACAUCAUCCUGUCUACAGGAGGCAUCUUCCUCCUUGUGACCUUGGUGACAGUGUGUGCCUGCUGGAAACCCUCCAAAAAGUCUAGGAAGAAGAGAAAGCUGGAGAAGCAAACCUCCCUGGAAUACAUGGAUCAGAAUGACGACCGUCUGAAAUCAGAAGCAGAAACCCUCCCGCGGAGUGGAGAGCAAGAGCGCAAGAACCCCAUGGCCCUGUACGUUCUGAAGGACAAGGACUCCCCGGAGCCGGAGGAGAGCCCCGCGCCAGAACCUCGGAGCACGCCAGAGCCGGGGCCGCCCGGCUACUCCGUGUCGCCCACGGUGCCGGGCCGCUCACCGGGCCUGCCCCUCCGCUCGGUCCGCCGCUACCCGCGCUCGCCAGCCUGCUCGCCCGCCGCCAGCCGGACGCACUCAUCGCCGCCACGCGCCCCGAGCUCGCCGGGCCGCUCGCGCAGCGCCUCGCGCACACUGCGGACUGCGGGCGUGCACAUGAUCCGCGAGCAGGAGGAGUCCAGCCCGGUGGAGAUCAGCGCCUGAGCCGCGU